AUGUCCAACGAUGCUCCCACGCGGCGCACGUCCAGGGGCAAUGUCAGCACUGAGCGCGUGCGAUGCAAAGAGAGCUGGGAACAAGAGGCAGCGACAAGAUAUAUCCAGACCAUAGAGAAGAGGGUAGCGGGACGUUUCCGUGCCCUCUUCGCUCUCGCUCUAACGGUCGCGACGCUUCCAACUGCCCUGGCUCAGAAUUGCAUUCCUCUGACAGGCUCGUCCGAGUGCCGUGCUUUCAACACGGCCUCUAUCUCAACUGAUAGUACCCUCACCGGACUAUUCCCAUUCCUUGCCAAUGUCACGGACACCUCUUCCUUUGACACACAACUACAACAGUACAUAUCCCACGGCUUCAUCCAACAAAGAUAUUCCAACUUGAUCGGUUGCUCUAGCUUCGACUCGUCAAAUUCAUCCGACUAUUAUGCUCGCUACACUGCCAGCGUACUCUGCAAUGCUAUUGUUCAGAACUCCAUCUCAGCUUGUGACCUGACAGGAGAUGCCACUCGACCAUUAUGUGCCAACACUUGUGCCGAAUAUGCUGAAAGCGAACAAUCCAUUGCUGCAAGUGAUAUAUGCGGCAACGCAAGCUCGAACGCUAUCAGUCAAAUUCGAGCUGACUUCACCAAUUGUGCACUGCCCGCAAAUUCAUUGUCUGGCUCAUGCAUUGCAGGUGUCACCAAUGAACCUGAUAAUUGCGGUUUCGCGUCCAAUAUGGUCAAUCUCUGCUCUUACUGUGCUGCGAGUUCGCCGAAUGCCACCGAUUCUUGCUGUGUCUUUUCCAAUACCACGACGCGCUGCGAAAAUGUCGUCUUGCCUAUUGUCGCUACUUCAUCCAUGCAGCCUCUCUUUACAUCAACUUCAUCGGCUAAAUCUUCGACUGCAACGAGAUCUCCAUCUUCAACAUCAUCUCCGACUACACAAAAACGAAAAGGACUUUCGGGAGGUGCAAUUGCUGGCAUCGUGAUUGGGUCUUUGCUUGGCGUCUUCAUUCUCCUUGCGCUCUUGAUAUUGGCCUGCGUUUUCUUGCGCCGUCGAAAACAGGCUAGUCCGGCAACAAGCGUCUUCAACCAGCCCGUGAGAUCGCGUCAGGGUGGAGCUCCUCCAGCCAUGGCAUACAGACAUGAUGGCGCUAGCAGGAGCCAAAACGAUAGAAUUGAAGCUCUUCCUGGUGGCCGUGUUACCCGCAUGGCUGCCUUGGAAGCCGUCUCGAGCGGCUCAGAACGUAAUACGCGCUCGCCUACGACCGCCCUCGAUUCCACCCCAGACGCUCAGAGAACACCGCAUUCGCACGCCGGCGGCAUUGAUCCCCCUCCUAGGCGAAACGGCUCAUUGUCCAGCGGUUCGCUUCUUGCAUUUGGCACUCAUGACAGUCCUGCUCGAGACGGUAUUUCCUCGCCAGAAGGCACAUCUGAAUCGGAACAACUCAGCUUUUUCAAAGACUAUUAUUCUCAAGACGACAUACAUCCAGGUGAUCUCGUGUCAUCUCUGUGGGCCUAUCAACCUCGUGCCGCUGAUGAGUUUGACCUUGAACGUGGUGACAUGGUCAAGGUUGUUGGUAUAUGGGACGACGGUUGGGCAACAGGGGUGCGUGUUAGCAUGCGUGCUGAGGAUUGGCAGAGCAAGGGCAAGCUGCAACGAGAUAGUGGUAUGAGCAGUGGUCAAGCAAGUCCUGAGGAACACGGUCCAGUCAAGGCCUUUCCACUGGUUUGUGUAUGCCUACCACAACACUGGCGUCGAACCAUUGAAGGUGAUUCGACUGAUGUGGGCACAAUGGACGACCGGCCUAACAGCCCGUAG